UAUCCCUCUUUCCUUCGCUAUGAAAAAUAUUUGGACAAACUAGACUAACGACUGCCAGCCCUAGUUAAUUAGCUAAUUAUGAUGCUGGUUUAUAUUAUUUGUUGAAGGAAUCAAAACCGGAGUGUGUAGUGGUUACGACCGAUUUAUCACCUCGGGAUUACUUGCAAAGGGCCGUCCUCCGAGCUGCUGGGAUAACUUUGGAGAAGUUCUUUGUAUUCGGGAUAGUCAGACAGCUUGGCCGACAAGCUGAACAUGGACUGGGGCACAGAGCUUUGGGACCAAUAUGACAUCAUUGAGAAGCACACGCAGGCUGGCCAGGAGCUGGUGGAUAAGUAUGUGAAAUUUGUGAAGGAGAGGACAGAGAUUGAGCAAAACUAUGCCAAACAACUGAGGAACCUUUCAAAGAAAUAUAACCUUAAACGAAGCGGCAAAGAUGAACCAGAGUGCAGGUUGUCCAGCUACCAGUCUUUUUUGGAAAUCCUGAAUGAGAUGAAUGACUAUGCAGGGCAGAGAGAGCUUAUUGCUGAGAACAUGAUGAUGAACAUUUGCAUCGAUCUCACCAAGUACCUGCAAGAGCUCAAGCAGGAGCGAAAGACGUAUCUGAUGGAGGCCAAGAAGGCCCAGCAGAGUUUGGAGAGCACCUGCAAGCAGCUCGACAGUAGUAAAAAGCGCUUUGAGAGGGAAUGGAGAGAAGCAGAGCGAGCAGCACAGUACGCAGAGAAGACUGAUCAAGACAUCAAUGCCACAAAGGCUGAUGUAGAAAAAGCCAAACAGCAGGCUCAUAUGAGAGCACACGUAGCGGAGGAGUGUAAGAACGAUUACGCUGCUCAGCUUCAGAAGUACAACAAAGAGCAGAACCAGUUCUAUUUUAAUGAUAUGCCACUCAUUUUCAAUAAAUUGCAGGAUCUGGAUGAGAGGCGAGUACGGAAGUUGGCGCAAGGCUACAUCUUGUUCUCAGACACAGAGAAGCAUGUGAUGCCUAUCAUUGGCAAGUGCCUGGAAGGCAUUACUAAAGCCGGCACUAAUGUUAAUGAGAGGAAUGACUCCAUGGUUAUAAUAGAGCAGAACAAAUCAGGCUUUGAACGUCCGGGAGAUGUGGAGUUUGAGGACUACAGUCAGGGCAUCAACAGAGCCUCAUCUGACAGCAGCCUGGGCACGCCCAAAGGCCCCAUGGAACUUUUGGGGAAGAACAGGAGCAAAAACUUUUGGCUUUUCAGCAAAAAGAGUAAGCUCUCCCCCUCCACGCUCCCACCUUUCUCCACACCCCCCGCCCCCUCGCCCGCUAAUGGACCCCCUUCCCCCAAGUUCGGCCGGGACCCCCUGUCGUACUGUUUGAAGGAGAUCAAUAAGACAGUCAAACCCAGAAUCUCUUCCUUCCGGACGCUCAGGAGAUCGAAGUUUACCCCAGAGAGAAUCAUGCCUAUGGUGACGGAGGACUUCGCCCAUCUUCCUCCGGAGCAGCGCAGAAAGAGGUUACAACAGAAACUAGAGGAAAUUAGCAAAGAGCUGCAAAAGGAAGUGGAUCAGAGUGAGGCCCUGGGGAAAAUGAAAGAUGUGUAUGAGAAAAAUCCUCAAAUGGGAGACCCUGCUAGUCUGGCAUCCCAAAUCAGCCAGACGUCCCAGAAUAUAGAGCGGCUCAGAGGAGAGCUCAACAAGUAUGAGACUUGGCUGGCUGAGGCAGGAGGUCGAGGGGACACGUUGCGCUAUAAAACUCACACAUUCAACAACAACGGAGCUCACGAUGUACUCAGCCCUGAUGGAGCUCACUCUGAUGAAAGCACUCCUGAUCCCUCCCAGGCCAUCUACGCUGAGUUUGAUGAUGACUUUGAGGAUGAGGAACUAACCGUUCCUAUUGGGACAUGCACAGCCAUGUACAGCUUUCCAGGUGCCAGUGAAGGGACCAUCUCUAUGCAGGAGGGGGAGGUGCUGGCCGUGGUAGAGGAGGACAAAGGGGACGGCUGGACCCGUGUCCGUAGGAACAAUGGGGAUGAGGGAUACAUACCCACAUCUUAUGUCACCAUCAGCCUAAGCAAAUGAAACAAGCGAGGAACAAGAGAAGGCGCAAUGGUCACUUCACCAAACUGUAUGCAGUGCUUCCCAUGGGACCAAUCAUAAAGAAGCCACAGCACUAUGGGCGGGACCACUGGUGUAUCCAGAAGGGGAUCCAAAUAAGGUGCUUUGAUUUCUUGAGAAAGGUGCCUUGAAUAGGUAGAGGAAUGGUGCUGGCAGUAUGUUACUCCUGGAUUACAUUACAUUAUUGUCAUCCCAGUUACCUACGCCACCUGAAGCACAAGGUUAUUUCACUUUAUCAUAUCAUGUCAUUUUUUGGUUAUGGUUAAAAAAUGUUUUGCAUGGAUUUUAGCCUCCACCAUGGUACAAGUGCUGGCCUCGUUCCACAGCCUGAUAAGACAUGCGCUUCUGAAUGUGAGAGGAAGAAUUAGAGAAGGAGGAGGAAGAUGAGUGCUGCUGCCAUCUUUACACUGAGAGUUAAUACCAGUAGGAGGAAGUUACCUCACACGUUUACUUUUUUAAGUUCAAAACGGACCUGCUGUUCUCAUUCCUCUCACGCGUGCCACUUUCUAGCUUUACUAGCACUUGUGAAGAUGUAUGGCACUGUCACUUUGCUCAUUUUGGACUUAAGAUCUUAAGUGUCCACAGGGGAUGAGUGAGGUUUAAAGGAGAAUACUUAACCUUUGGUUUUCAGCUAUUUGUGAGACCAGAUGUGUUGACAGCUCUCCCAUCAUAAUAUAUCACAUGCACACAACACUCUAAUGUUCAGACAAUCACAGCCAUAUCAUCAUUUAAGUUCAUUUUUCAAUCUUUAGCAGUAACAAGGACAUAGCAGUUGUUUUUUCUAAUAGUUACAACCUGAAAAUUGUACUAAAAAUUAUUUAUUACAAACGUGUAUGUUCUAUGAAUAAAAUUUUCAAGUUUGACAGAAGUUGUACUUUGUAUUAAGGAUGUUCUCACAUUGUUUUUCCCCCUUGCACACAUAGUGGACAGUCUGUAGCCACAAAAGGGAGUAAAUAAUGCACACAAAAUGUGCUACAUUAAGACUAUUGUAUUUAUGUAAUAAAUAAUAUAUAUUUUAGCCAUCACAACACCACUAUUGUCUUAUUAGCUUUUUUUUAACCAUUCAAAUAAAGAUUACUACAUCGUGAGAGAAAACUAAAAGUCUCUAAUAAUGUCGCUAAUGUUUUAUUUGGAUUUAUUUUCACAUCUUCUCCAGUCGAUCCAUGUCCUGUUUUUUUAUGUCGUUAUGGAGCCAGCAAGAAGCAGAAACUGAUCAUGUGUCUUUGGUGCCUUUUAGGUUAAAAACAUUGUGUAUAGACCAUUUUUGCAUAUAAGACAUUUUGUUUUCUUAAUAAAUGUAAAGCACAUUUCAAA